CACAACACGUUCUGUUGCAUUGAGGCAAAGAGGUCUUGGAUCAAGUAUUUUGGCCUCCGUUUUUUUGUGUGUAUACUGUACAUUCCUCCCUUCACCAUGCAGUCUGCAGGGCCGGAGAUUGAGGACUCUUUCGACUUUCUUUUCAAAAUCAUCCUGGUUGGCGACUCAGAUGUGGGGAAGACCUGUGUGGUCCAGAGCUUCAAGUCUGGCAUAUUCAUCGAGAAGCAGCAAAACACCAUCGGGGUCGACUUUACGGUUCGCACCCUGGACAUUGAUGGCAAAAAGGUGAAGAUGCAGGUGUGGGACACGGCAGGUCAGGAGCGUUUCCGCACCAUAACUCAGAGCUACUACCGCAGCGCCCACGGUGCCAUGGUGGCCUAUGACAUCACACGCCGCAGCACAUUUGAAUCGGUUCCCCACUGGAUAAGGGAGGUGGAGCAGUUUGGAGCUGCCAGCGUGGUGCUGAUCCUCAUUGGUAAUAAGUCAGACCUCCAAGCUCAGCGACAGGUGUUGUUCGAGGACGCGUGCACUCUGGCAGAAAAUAACGGUGUGCUGGCUGCUCUAGAAACCUCGGCCAAGGAGGCCCAGAACGUGGAGGCGGCCUUCAUCCUCAUGGCUCGGGAGCUGCUGGCACGCAACGGCAUGACCACCAUCGAGGAGAUUUCCCAAGAAUCGCCCCAAUUAAUUUUGAGUAACAGCACCCACCCGGUUUAUGGCACCGUGUCUUCAGAUAAAAAGUGUGGGUGCUGAGCAGGGAUGUGUUGUUUUAGACUUGUUUGGUAAAAAUAGUGUUCACAGUUUAGGAGAAACUACAUACUGU